AUGAUGAGUAAAAGUACAUUUGAAUCAUUACCAAAUGAACUUUUGCUCAUUAUAUUUUCUUAUUUAUCUUCAUUUGAUCUUUGUCAAACAUUUCUUUACAUAAACAAUAUUCGCAUUCAAUCUCUUCUUACUUCAAUUCGUCAUUUAUUUAAUGUUAAUUUGAUGCAUUAUGAUCAACUACAUCUAUGGCUCAAUAGUAAUCAGGAUCAUAGAAAUCGCUUUACUAAUUUGAUAGAUACUGUUGUAUUUAAUGAUUCAUAUGCUUGUCGAACGUUACUUGGAUAUUGGGAAAAGACUUUCAAUGAAACCGAUCAAUCCAAUGUAUUCUUCGCAUCGGUAAAACGCAUUGUUGUGUUACAGGCAGAACACUAUUCAUAUUCUCUUGUUCGACCAAUACUAGUACCUUUGGUUUUGGCUGAAAAUAAAUUACAACAUUUGCAUCUUAUCUUCAAAGAACCCGCAUUCGGGUACGCAAAGAUACUUUCCGAUCUUAUUGAUUAUCGUGUUUCAGUUCAUACUAUGAUAUUAGAAGUUGAACAAGGUAUGUUAUUAAAACUAUUAUCGAAGUCAACAACUUGA